AACUCUAUCCGAAUUGAGCAGAUGAUGUCGACGAUCUGACUGAAAUCCAUUUCAGCCCUAUACUCGUCCAUCUUCGCAAUGUCACGGUCCACAUCUCAGUCUGUCAUCCAACCUGGUUCUUCAGCGCCAGGGAUGGCGGACGAUCCCGACAAAUGGACGAAUAGACAACUCUAUGACUAUAGACAACAUUGCGUUUGCAAAGGAGCACCAAAAGAUUCCUGGAAUUCAGUAUGCCUCCUGCGAGGUUGUCAUUACUUCCGCUGGAAUUGAACUUGAUUGGAAUGAAUCCCUUCUGUACCAGAAUACCAGAUUUUACAAAUUUUCUACUUACUAUGUUAUGGAAGACAAAACUGCUGACACACAACCACAACUUGCCACGUCAAUUCUCUUAAUUGCUGCGCAUGGAGCCCCCUUACCGGUCAAAUGGACAAGUGUUAGUGAAAUUGUAGUUGCUUUUUGUCUAGCUACGGCUGGUCAUACCGAUAGAGGUCCCCCUGCUGGAUCUAAAUUCAGACUCAAGGACAUAAUAAGCACCAUUUGUGUUCCACCAUUUCCUAUUCUACCCAAAGAACCAGUGGUAAAACCAAAUUUUCCUUUCGAAAAUGUGGAAAUGGACAUUUUUGUUCAUGUCGUUGUCAUCCUUGACAUGACCACUCGCACGAUACUACACACAUUAUGGCGUUUCACCGCCACCAACGAUUGUCCAACAUGGAUAGUGUGCGACAAUGCUCAGCCAUUCAAAUUGAUCGCGGAAUGCUACUCAUUACUAUCCACGCAAGCCAACAUCGAUGAAGAUGUGCUAGAUUACUGCACUCAGAAAACAAUACAGACAAAAUUUGUACCAAGCUUGAACCCUUGGCAGGGGGUUGUCUACGAAAAAAUGGUAGACAUUUUCAACACAUCCUUUAAACAUUCAGUCGGAAACAAUUUACAAGACAUUGAGGAAAUCAUAACCCUUCUGAAAAAAGCGGAAGCUACUGUGAACACUCGACCAUUAACGUAUAUCACUGAUGAUCAAGAUAUCUUCCCCUAUGACCAAUCGACUUUCUUCACCCAUACGCAAAACUAG